AUGCCUCAUUGGGGAAGACCAUCCGGAGCUAUUGGGGGAAGUGGAGAGAUGUGGAAGGACGAGUUCGAAGCUCGGCGAAGGAGGUUCUUGGACGUUGGCGACGAGAGCGAUGACGGAUACCAGCGUGUUCAUCUUGAUCCUGCUGCUUUCAAGUCCAGGUCCGCCGAUCGACUGCCGCGAGAGGACUUCGUUGGAGACGAUUUGUUGUUCACUGGUUAUGACUUGAGCUCUGCAUGGGGAGAAAGAAGAGCGGAUGACACUGCAUACGAGAGAAGGCCGCAAGGUCCGCAGGAAGACGACUACUAUCACGACAACGCGCUGACACGAUCAUCACGAGAGAAUAUACUGGUUCAAUCAGCCAAGGAGAAACUCAGAAGAGCACGUGUCAAAGGCAAGACGAACGUCAGUCUGAGUGUUGAAGAGAUGGCAGCGUUGGAAAGAAGCAGCACUCAAUCAAGGGACACGUCCGAGCCAAGUACACCGAACAAGAACAAGACCAGAGGAAGUCGGUCUAGUAGCACCACGAGCUUGACCAACACCCGGCCACGAAGAACAAGUAUUGGCCUGUUCGGCGGUACGUCACCAUCGCACUCUCGUUCACGAACGCCAAAGACCUCGAGGAAGCCAUCAAAUGAACAGCAACCGGUUGCUCGUGCGUCGGGCUCGACACCACCAGCAUUCAUGAUCAGGGGUUCUGAUGGUGUGCCAAUGUACGCUUCUACUGAUUACUAUCCUUCUCCGCCUAGAAGGCCUUCGGGGAAUAGUACUCGCAAUGUCACCCCGCCAUACGAAGCAUACUCUGCUCGCGGCUAUGGUGCUGAUGUGCGAGCACCUUCUUCGUCCUCUAAUCGAGCUCUUUACGAUGAGAACGCAUGGGCUUCUUCAAGCCGACCAUCUCCAGGAGUAGCAUAUCCCGAUAUGCUCGGACCUUCUUCCUUGUCUGGUGCACAGUCUCGCCAAGGGCCCAUACCCUCGUCUGAUGUUUCGUACGCAAAACUGAGGCGAGCACCGCAAGGAUCGCCGCUCUACAACGUUGAACCGGCGUUUGCUCGAGGGAACAGGGAAGCCGAGGUGGUUCCAGGAGCACGGCCGGCAAGUAGUGAAAGCAGUAGUGAUGAUUCUGGCGGGCAAGGGGUUAGGAUCGAAGUCGAGCCAGGAUUUGGGCUGAGAAGAGUACCAGUCUCGAGCAAAAGUAGCGGUACAGUCAGGCGCAAGGGCAGAAGAUAG